CGAGAAGUCGUUGUCUUUGGUUGCCCCUCCGGCCCGCAAUGCUUUAUAGCCCUCUUCCCGGCAUCCUUUGCUUUCUUUUCGAUCGGCUGCCGUCGACAUGGGACGUGUGCGCACAAAGACGGUGAAAAAGGCCGCCCGGGUCAUAAUUGAGAAGUACUAUACUCGUCUUGGGAAUGACUUCCACACAAACAAGCGUGUGUGUGAGGAGAUCGCCAUCAUCCCUAGCAAAAAGCUACGCAAUAAGAUUGCAGGGUAUGUCACCCAUCUGAUGAAACGCAUUCAAAGAGGGCCAGUUAGGGGCAUCUCCAUCAAACUGCAGGAAGAGGAAAGAGAAAGAAGAGAUAACUACGUCCCUGAGGUCUCUGCCCUGGAUCAGGAGAUCAUUGAAGUGGACCCUGAUACCAAGGAAAUGUUAAAGCUCCUGGACUUUGGCAGCCUGUCCAACCUGCAGGUCACACAACCUACUGUAGGGAUGAACUUCAAAACCCCAAGAGGUACCAUCUGAAGCCAUUGCCGUACUGUCACUUUUUCAAUAAAUAUAUAGGAAGAAA